CCCUCGCUUUCCUUCUCCUCUUUCUCCCGUUCUUCCUCUUCUCCGAAAUCUUGUUUCCUUCUUUCGUUACUCUCGUAGUCGUAAUCAACCAGAAAUGUCUUACGAUGGAAUCCUAUUGGGAAUGGGGAAUCCCCUUCUCGACAUCUCCGCUGUCGUAGACCAAAAAUUCCUAGAAAAAUACAAUGUCAAGUUGGCCAAUGCCAUUGUUGCAGAGGAUAAGCACCUACCUAUGUACGAUGAGCUGGCUUCUAAAUACUCCGUUGAGUACAUUGCUGGAGGUGCAACUCAAAAUUCAAUCAGGGUAGCCCAGUGGAUGCUUCAAAUUCCUGGAGCAACUAGUUACAUCGGGUGUAUUGGAAAGGAUAAGUUUGGGGAAGAGAUGAAAAAGAACUCCAAACUUGCUGGUGUUAACGUUCAAUAUUACGAGGAUGAGACUGCACCAACGGGUACAUGUGCUGUUUGUGUGGUGGGUGGUGAAAGGUCUCUUAUUGCAAACUUAUCAGCAGCAAAUUGUUACAAAUCUGAACAUCUUAAGAGGCCAGAAAACUGGGCUCUGGAUAUUUCCUCUUUACUCGCUUUUCAUCACUAUUCCUUUCGACUUUUGUUGUAUGUUCUUUCAAGCCAACCCAAAGUUAUAUUCUUAUCCUGGACAGUUGAGAAGGCCAAGUACUUCUAUGUUGCUGGGUUCUUCCUCACAGUGUCUCCGGAAUCCAUCCAGCUUGUAGGUGAACAUGUUGUAGCUCAAAACAAGAUCUUCGCAAUGAACCUUUCUGCUCCCUUUAUCUGUGAGUUCUUCCGCGAUGUGCAAGAGAAAGCUCUCCAGUAUGUGGACUAUGUUUUUGGCAGCGAAACUGAAGCAAGAACUUUUUCAAAAGUUCAUGGAUGGGAGACUGAUAAUACUGAAGAGAUUGCGUUGAAGAUUUCCCAGUGGCCCAAGGCUUCUGGAACUCACAGGAGGGUUACUGUUAUUACCCAAGGUAAAGAUCCAGUGGUCGUUGCUGAGGAUGGAAAGGUGACAUUGUUCCCCGUGAUCUUAUUGCCGAAGGAAAAGCUUGUUGAUACCAAUGGAGCAGGAGAUGCAUUUGUUGGGGGAUUUUGUCCCAGUUGGUUAAAGAGAAGCCCAUGGAGGACUGUGUGAAAGCUGGAUGCUACGCUGCAAAUGUCAUCAUCCAAAGAUCCGCCUGUACCUACCCCGCAAAGCCUGAUUUUGAGGACUAAUAUUCUUAUCUCUCUAUACCUUUGAUGUAUUAGCUGGUGUAUUUGUUUAGCGCGGAUGGUAACAUAUUAUGUGGAUGGGAGGGUAUAGGAGGAACUGGGUGCAGCUUCAUAUGUUUUUGGUCAAUUAUCCUUUGUAGUACCCUUUGUUGGGCCACAUUCUUGUUUUAACUAGAGAAAGAGACCGUAAGUAAUAAAAUUAGUUGUGUCAAACAAAAAAAAAAACUAAUAAAAUUAGUAUGAACUAAA